CGGUUUUCCUGGUGCAAAUCUCAUAUAAACAAAAGUACGGUUAUCUCAGCUUCAGUUUACUGUUGGCACUUCAGUAGUCUACAUCGUGACUAUUUACUCUUUGCUUUGCAACCAUGGAAACAUCAACGAUUGUUAUACUUGGUCUCCUAGUGGUGGUCCCCUCAGCGCUCGCUGAUUGCAGACCUGGUCCACCACCAUACUGCAAGGACUGGCACAUCGGCAUUGAUAGAGUGAACACUCGAGGCUCUGUUGUCCACGGUCACGCCAACAUCCCGAUACAUCAGAGCCCCUCUAGCAGCUCACAUGCUCAAGUCCACGGCUCGAGAGUGUUCGGAGGACCGCAGAACGGAGCGCAGACUGUCGGCGGCAACCUGAACUACCAACACAGUAACGGACUGCACGGCAGUGUGGGAGCUACACAUACCAGGGGCAUGGGCAACUCCUUCAGUGGCACUGUAGGGGGCAGCGGGAGAUUAGGGCCCGGUACCCUUACGGUAGGGGGUGGAGUUAACACACUACCUGGGUCCAGUAAGGUGCAAGGACAGGUUGGAGCCACCUACUCUGUACCAUUACCGUAAAGGCUCAUUAUAUAUUGUGAUUUAUAUUUAAAUCGGUAUAUUACAAUUUCCUGAUAUUUUGGAUUUGUUUACCUGUAUUUCUGUUCUAUACUAGAACAAAUAAAAAUAUUUAUUUAUA